GAUUUUUGUGUGGAUAAUAAUUGUAUGAAUUCAGCUGUUUGUGUCAGUGGGGAUGGCAACUAUACAUGUAACUGUACUGAAGGCUGGGAGGGGUGGCUCUGCAAUGAGGAUAAAGAUGAUUGUCUGUCAAUGCCGUGUAAAAAUGAUGGAGUAUGUUCGGACAACGGAACUAAUUCCUUCGUGUGUAACUGUACGAUAGGUUGGAUGGGAGAUACAUGUUCUGAGGAUGUAAAUGAAUGUGCCGAGAAUCCCUGUAUUAAUGGGAAGUGUCUACAAGAUGUAGGGACCGGUAAUUUUAGUUGUGCCUGUCCGGUAGAUUACCAAGGACUGCUGUGUGAUCAGAUGAUCAAUGAUUGUGAGUCAGACCCGUGUAAAAAUGGUGGAAAUUGUACGGACGGGGUAGGCAACUAUAUAUGUUCCUGUCCGUCUGGUCUACAGGGUAAAAACUGUGAUCAAGAUGUGCUAGAAUGUUCUGAGAGUCCAUGUCAAAAUGGAGGCUACUGCCAGGAAUCGUUUGGUUCAUAUAAAUGUCACUGUGGUGAAACUUGGUCUGGUGACAACUGUACUGAAGAUUUUGACGAAUGUAAAGUAGAAUGUCAAGGUCAAGGAUUCAACUGUACCAAUACUAACGGGUCGUAUCUAUGCGAGUGUAGCCAUGGUUACAGAAAAAUGAAUGACAUGUUAACGAACUAUUGUAACAGUGAACCUUGUAAAAAUGGUGCCAAAUGUGAAAAUGUUUGGGGAGAUGCCAAAUAUGCCUGCAAAUGUAAUUAUGGUUGGACGGGAGUAAAUUGUCAAGAUGAAGAUGAUGAAGCUCAUAGUAAGAACAGAUUUUUAUAA